AUGGCGACUACGAACAAUAAAAAAAUGGCAUUUUCUAUUGAAAAUCUGGCAAAAAGCAGCUGUACAAACGAUACACAGACUGGUGAUGCUUGUGUCAUCACUCGAAACCAAUGGAACGACAGGUACACCACAGAUUUUACUGCUGAAAAUUCAUGGUUGCAUAAAGACAUCACAAAUCCAGGACAUUUCACAACAGAUGGCUAUCCUAAUCCGUAUUACCUGAACAAUAGACAAACAUCGCCUUGUAUGUCACAAGCACGAUUCAAUUCUCCGUUGAGCCACUCAGGAAAUGGACUUCAGCAGUUUUCCGACGACGGAUAUUCCUCAGAAAUCAGUACGCCUUCUUUAUACGGAAGUGGCAAAAAACGCAACCGCAUGGAUACUGAUGACAAAGGAUGCAGCUCACCAUACGUUAUGGGAAGCUCCAUGAAACGCAUGCGCAUUAGUCCAGAUAUCCAAAAACCAAAAGACAUGAGGGUUUCUCAAGUACAUGAAGAACGAUUAAUAGAUUCAAGUUUCGAAUCAACUUCUACAACUUCCGAUUCAGAUGAAGGUAUUGGCGAGACGCCCCGACCAAAGAAAGCAAGAACAGCGUUUUCCGAUGAUCAGAUCAAGACACUAGAGAUAAAAUACAAAUCACAGAAAUAUCUACCAGCUGGUGAGAGGUCAAAACUGGCAGUGGAACUCGGACUCACUAACCAGCAAGUGAAAACUUGGUUUCAAAACAGAAGAAUGAAGGAAAAGCGGAAACAGAAAGAUGACGCCUUUCAUGCUGGCAUGCCUCUGCCGACAGGUGGCGUUGAUAUAUCUCAGUUGCAAGCCCUCGGAAUCCCUUGUCCUCCGCCUUACACCAUCAACAACAAACACCAACAGAUGAUGAGAGAUGACGGAAUUCCAAACUUUUCUUUAUCAACUCCGGUUAUCCAGUCACCAAUGCCCCGAACGUCCCAGCACGUGCCUACCUACUCCGGGUACCAUCCGAUGUCAAAUGGCCACGACAAUUCGCCUAGCUAUUUGUCAUCAACCAGUAGCCUACAGGAUAACAGAUGA